AUGCUAUCUUCCGAUCUCACAUCCAAGUACCCCUCGCUGAACGAGUUCGUCGAUGGAAACGAUGUCGAAUCCCAUGAUGGGCGCGAAGUCGCCCUUCUAGAAUAUAUAUACAAUCAUCAUGCCUUGGAGAAGCUGCGCGGUUCACCGCCCGCCAUCCUUGACGUGAUAGACGAGUUCGCCGCACAGGAGAAGUUUUUGAUCAACAUUGGUCCCGAUAAAGCCGAAAAGGUUCGCGAGAUAGUUCAACAAGGAAAGCCGACCGUUCUAGUCGAGCUGGGCGGAUAUAUCGGCUAUUCGGCCAUAUACUUUGGGGAAGCUAUGCGUCAAGCCCAGGGAACACAGAAAGAUCUAAGACUCUGGAGUUUGGAGUUUGAUCCGCUGAUCGCAUCCAUCGCCAUGAAUUUGAUCGACUUGGCAGGUUUGAGCGAUAUCGUCAAAGUGGUGGUAGGGUCUGCGUCGGAUUCGUUGAAAAGACUUCAUGCGAAGAAGGAGUUGAUCGCUAUCGACCUCCUCUUCCUAGACCAUGUCGAAGACCUUUAUGUGGCCGAUCUCAAGAUUUGUGAGGAUCUGGGUCUUCUCAAGCCAUCAGCGUUGGUGUUGGCAGAUAACGUGCUUCGGCCUGGAGCUCCGCAAUACCGUGAAUAUGUUCGUCAUCAUGCCAACAUGGAAAGUUGGGCUGUCAAGGGAUUGAUAGUGCCAGGAGAUUUCGAGGAUGAACUUGAAGUUAGUAGGGUCAAGUAG